AUGUUCUUGAAUAUUUCAUCAUACCAUCAUUAGAAUAUGUAAAAAAUGAUGAUAUAUGAUCAUCAUAACAAGUCAAUGAAACUUCAUAAUCAACCUCACUUGGUAUAUUAUUAAGAUUUGCUCCCAUAGUACCCAAUAAUGUAUUGUUAUAUUCUUUUGUAUUUGAUAUAUAAAACAUAUUUUGUAAAUAUCGAUUUCCUAAAAUCACUCUGGAAUUCAGCAACAAUAUAUAUUUUGUUUGAACUUUUUGUGCUAUUUGUAAAUAUGCAAAUGGACCUAAAUUAUCAAUUUCUUUAAUAUAUACUUGAACAUAAUUAAUUAACUUCUUUUCCAGUAAUAAUUUAUUUAUAUUAUCUACUUGUUCUGCUAAUGUUAUUAUCCAAAUUGAUUCGGGUUUAACUGUUUGAGAAAUGACCGCAUCCAAUUGUUUAUCAAUAUUUCUAUCAUCAUCUUCAUCAUCUUCAUCAUUUUGAUUAUUUUGAUUAUUAG